CCCAAAAAUAAACAGUCAUAUUGUUUUGGUUGGGUUUGCUGCCUGAUGUUUCUCUGGUCAUGUCCUCAGUCGAUUCUCUAAUCUCCACUCUCGCCGCCGCCGCCGCCGCCGCCGCCAGCACUCUGUGAUAAACCAAACCCUAUCAUGAAAAUGCUCUUCCCUAAACCCUACUCACCAUUCUCUUCUCUCUCUUCUUCCUCCAACGCCCACCUCGUCGACAAAGCCAUCACCAUCCUCAAACGCCACCAACCCAUCCACCUCGAAUCUCUCUCUUCCCAAUUCACCCCUCAAUCGGCCUCCUAUCUACUCCUCCAAUCCCAACUCCACAAAACCGUAACCGUAAAUUUCAUCGACUGGGCUCGACACCGCCCUUUCUUCGAUCCCCGAUGCAAAUGUCUCUCUCUCCAUCUCCUCACAAAAUUCAAGCUCUACAAGACUGCUCAAUCCCUUGCCGAAGACCUUGCUCUCACCACCGACGAUUCCGGUGACUCGGUCUUUCAGUCUCUCAAAGAGACUUACCAUCUCUGCAAUUCGAGCUCUGCUGUCUUUGAUCUCGUGGUAAAAUCGUACUCUCACUUGAAUAUGAUCAAAAGAGCUUUGCACACAAUUAGUUUAGCUAAAUUGAAUGGUUUUAUGCCCGGUGUAUUGUCUUAUAAUUCGGUUCUUGAUGCUUUAAUUAGGUCACGCGAUUCCAUCGAACUAGCUGAGGAAUUGUACAAUGAUAUGAAAAACAGUGGGAUUUCGCCUAAUGUGUUUACAUAUAAUAUACUGAUUAAGGGUUUUUGUGGGGUUAGGAAAUUGGAGAGGGGUUUAAGGUUGUUUAGUGAAAUGGAAAGAAAUGGGUGUUCUCCCAAUGUGGUUACUUUUAAUACCUUAAUUGAUGCGUAUUGUAAGACUGGGAGGAUUGAUGAUGCGUUGAGGUUGUUGAAAUCGUUGUCGGAGAAGGGUUUGGAUCCUAAUUUGAUUUCGUACAAUGUGAUUAUCAAUGGGUUGUGUAGAGAAGGGAGGAUGAAGGAGACUGGUGAGGUUCUUGAUGAAAUGAGGUGGAAAGGUUAUGUACCUGAUGAGGUGACAUAUAAUACCCUUGUCAAUGGUUAUUGUAAAGAAGGUAAUUUUCACCAAGCGCUUGUCUUGCAUGCGGAGAUGGUGAGGAAUGGUCUCUCACCGAAUGUUAUUACUUAUACUUCAUUGAUCAACGCUAUGUGUAAAGCAGGGAACUUAAAUCGGGCAAUGGAAUUCUUUGAUCAGAUGCAUGUGAGGGGGCUUCAUCCAAAUGAGAGAACAUAUACAACAUUGAUAGAUGGCUUCUCCCAACAGGGAUUCUUAAAAGAAGCUUAUAAGGUCCUCAAUGAAAUGACUGAAUGUGGAUUUUCACCUUCAAUUGUGACGUAUAAUGCCCUAAUCAAUGGACACUGUGUAUUGGGGAGGAUGGAAGGGGCUUUAGGAAUUAUUCGAGAUAUGGUUGGGAAAGGGUUGGCCCCAGAUGUUGUCAGUUAUAGUACAGUCUUAUCCGGGUUUUGCAAAAAUCUAGAUUUGGAUAACGCGUUCCGAAUGAAGCAGGAGAUGGCGGAGAAAGGAGUUUCGCUAGAUGCUGUUGCUUAUUCAUCACUGAUUCAAGGUCUCUGCCAGCACAGAAGACUGACUGAGGCUUGUGAUAUUUUCCAGGAGAUGUGGAGAUUGGAUCUGCCUCCUGAUGAAUGCACAUAUACUACUCUGAUCAAUGCUUAUUGUGUAGAAGGAGAUAUUAAAAGUGCUCUUCAUCUGCAUGAUGAGAUGAUAAAAAAGGGCUUCCUUCCUGAUGUUGUUACCUAUAAUGUGCUAUUAAAUGGGCUUAGCAAACAAGCUAGGACGAGGGAGGCAAAACAGCUUCUCUUCAAAUUGUUUUAUGAGGAGUCCAUUCCGAAUGAUGUCACAUAUGCUACACUGAUAGAAAAUUGUAGUAAUACUGAGUUUAAGAAUGUGGUAGCUCUCAUAAAGGGAUUCUGCAUGCAUGGUUUGAUGAAUGAAGCAGAUCGCGUUUUUGAAUCAAUGCUUCAAAGAAACUGCAAGCCUAGUGAAGCAGUUUAUAAUGUUAUUAUACAUGGUCAUUGUAGGGGUGGAAAUUUGCAGAAAGCAUUGGAUCUUUACAAGGAGAUGGUGCACCAUGGAUUUGUUCCUCAUACUGUAUCUGUCAUUGCUCUGAUAAAAGAACUUUUCAAAGAAGGGAGAAGUGAGGACUUGAGUCAAGUUAUAGAGAAUACACUGAGAAGCUGUAGGCUUACUGAUGCUGAACUUGCAAAAGUCCUUGUUGAGGUCAACCACAAAGAAGGCAACAUGGCUGCAGUAUUUAAUGUUCUUACUGAAAUGGCGAAAGAUGGGCUUCUUCCAAAUAGCGGGGAAACUUUCCGUGCUUCGCGAUAAACUGUAUGACAAACUUGUGUAUGUUAUCAGGGACCAGUGAAGUAAUUCUUUACACACAAAUAAAAAAUAAGUGGCCAAGUUGGGAAUUAGACGAAGUCCAGUUCCUUGUUUUCAUCCUAUCUUUCUUAUAUACAAGUUAUCAAGGAGCUUCAGAGAUAUGUGCCUAGAAAGCCUUCAUCCCUUUCAUCCCCUUCUGUCCUUGUGAUUUUGCCAAAGUUCUUUUAAGUACUGAUGAUGACUCUAUUAAUUAGGAAUUGUGAGGCAACUGGUUUCUGCUCAAUAUGAUAUAACUCUCAAGAGACCAUAGUGACAAAGUGCUGAUGACACUUGUGCGUCAUGCUAACUUAGGUGAAUCGUAUUCAAUGAGGCACUUGUAUGCUUGUUGCACAACAUCUAUGGUCUAUGAUCUGUGGUCUAUGAUCUAUGAUCUUCGAAGCAUGGCUAUGGAUAUGGGAUACAGUAACGACAUGAUACAGAUAUGUUGAUAACAACAAAUUGUAUAAAUUGGUGGUAGUGAAUUCUAUUGAUGUCUCCAACAAUGAUCCUAGAUCAGCAAGGCGGUGAAGGAAACUAUAUUUAUUUGCUUAUGUUAAUUUUUUUGGGGUAUAUUUAUCUGUUUGUUGAUUUAUUUUUUAUUUUUUAUAUUUAUUUGUUUGUUGUCCAGAGAAUCGUAUGCUUCAUUGUUUCAAAGUAUGGUUUGGUUUUGUGAGUUUAAAUCCUUAAAAGCCAUUGAAGCCUCAAUGGAACUUAUGUCGGUUAGACCCUUUUAGAUCCAAUAUCCUUUCAGAUUAAAGGAAAAGCUCCAUUCAGCCUCCAUGUAGAAAAGGGAAAGAAUAGUGUACUGCUUUUAAUCCUCAUAGAAGAACCAUCCUAAAAUUCCUAAUCUCUAAACUUCAGUUACAACAGAAAAUAAUUGUGAAAGGCCGGUUAGAACUAUUGGGGUGCAUUUGAUAUUGAAGAUAAAGCCUCUGAAUUUUGAUGUGAGCCCAAAUCAAGUGACAAGAAAACAAUAUCAUAAGUGAAAUGAAAGAAGGUCAAAGCAAUCUUUGAGGUCCAUUUCUUUUUCUAUUGUGUCAGAUUGAAGGUGCAGGUUCAAAUUAUUGGCACCAUUUAUCAGUUAGACAAUGGUUUUCAUUGCAAUUUCUCAAGAUCCAACUAGAAGAUAGCCUAGAUGGACAUAAAGCAGUCUUCUCAAUUUGAGUUAGAAAUAUGUCUGAUAGAGUGCCAAUUUUAGCAGUUGGUUUGAAAUGGGCCUCUCUCUCCAUUUGGAGCUGCUUUGUUCUGUUUCAUCAAGCCCUCUAUUUUACCUUGAUCGCAUUGGGCUGCAGAUGAUGAUAGUUUUGCUGUACCCUUAUCAGUAAGCCCAUUCUAAUCCAGUUGUUUUCUUGGCUAUACCAACAAACCACAAGUCUAUAGUUCAGAGUUGCCUUGGAAAGAUCUACUAUUUGGUUUUGAUAUUCUCGAUUUCUCAAAAUGGAUUCUUGGACUCAUUGUGGUUUAAAAUACAAACUACCUUUUGCCAUGGACAAAAACUCCAAGCUUCUUUUUCAUUUGAUACCUUAACCCCAUUUUGAGAAUCGGUCAUCUAAGUUUGUAGUGUUGAAUUCCAGUAUUUUUCUCAUUAAAUGCUUUUUGUCAAAAUCUUGAAUUUUUCAUUUCUCUUCUUUUUGAAAGGCAUGAACGCCAAGUGACUUUUUUGGAUUGAUGUCUUCAUUCAUUUCGAAAGGAAUAUAUAGAUGAAAAAGUAAGAGAGUUUUGCCAUAAUGGAUGAGAGCAUCUAGUGUGAAAAACACAAUGGGCUUCAUCACUGAAAAUUUGGAUGAUGGAUUCUCAAAUUGGGAUUAAGGUAUCCAAUGAAAAAAAAAAAAGAUUGUGAGGUUGUGUCUGGCUACUUUCCAUUGGAGAGUCUGCUUUUGAUUUAGCAUAGGUUGAAGCAAAGAUGAGCAUAAUGGUUUACAAAUCAGAGGAUGUAAAUUAUAUGGAUUUAUUGUUUUUGACUGUUUGAUAAAAUUCAUUGUAAAUAUUGUACUUUA